UGACCCCUAGUGUCUGACAGUGGGGUCCUCACACACCUCAUGCCUGCCCUUUAUCUGUGCCAGUUCCUUUUGCUGCUCCUCUGGGGCUACUGCAUCCUGGCCCCUGUUAUGGGAGAGAUGUCUCCAGGUCUGCUGGGGAACACAAGUCCUGCUGAAAAUCCUUUGCAAGACCCAGGCCCCCCUUUUAGGUCAAAACGGAGCUGGGUUUGGAAUCAGUUCUUUGUAAUAGAGGAAUACGCAGGUCCAGAGCCAGUCCUAAUUGGGAGGCUUCACACAGAUGCAGACCAUGGAGAGGGAAGAGCCAAGUAUGUGCUUACUGGUGAAGGUGCUGGUUCAGUAUUUGUUAUUGAUGAGAAGACGGGGAACAUUCAUGUGACAAAGUCUUUAGACCGCGAGGAGAAGGAGGAGUAUGUACUGCUGGCACAGGUGGUUGAUCGACUGACUCUUCGACCGCUUGAACCUCCCUCGCAGUUUAUUAUUAAGGUGCAAGACAUUAAUGACAACCACCCUGUAUUCCUGCACUCCCCAUACAGGGCUUCUGUACCAGAGAUGUCCAAUGUAGGAACCUCAGUGAUCCAGGUGACUGCCAAUGAUGCUGAUGACCCAACAUAUGGGAACAGUGCUCGUCUAGUCUACACAAUCGUGGAAGGGCAGCCAUAUUUCUCUGUGGACCCGCAGACUGGUGUCAUCCGCACAGCAAUUCCAAACAUGGACCGUGAGAGUCAGGAUGAAUUUCUGGUUGUAAUUCAAGCCAAGGAUAUGGGAGGCCACAUAGGGGGACUCUCAGGGUCUACCACAGUAACUAUCACACUGACAGAUGUUAAUGACAAUCCCCCUACAUUUCCCCAAAGUUUGUACCAGUUCACAGUCAUGGAGGAUGCUGCUCCAGGUUCUUUAAUUGGUCGCCUGCGUGCCCAUGACCCAGAUAUUGGUGAGAAUGCUAUGAUGUCAUACAGUAUCCUGGAUGGUGAUGCUGGUGACACAUUCAGUGUGACAGCAGAUUCUGCAGGGCAAGAUGGCAUUCUGAGAGUCCGAAAGCCCCUGGAUUAUGAAUCUUGCCGCUCCUUUACAUUUCGUGUUGAAGUGAUGAACACAGUCAUUGAUCCUCAAUAUAUCCGCCGUGGGCCCUUCAAGGAUGUCACCACAGUGCGGAUAAGCGUUGGAGAUGUCAAUGAGCCACCCAUCUUCUCUCAAGAUCCCUACACCUUGAGUGUGCUGGAGAACUUGCCACCAGGGGCCCUGGUGGGUAUGGUGCAAGCCCGAGACCCAGAUUUGUAUAGCAGCUCCAUCAGUUACUCCAUUGAGACCCUCUCCGACCCUGAGGGUUUGUUUUCCAUCCAUCCAGAGGAUGGGACCCUCAGGACAAGCAUUUCCCUGGACCGAGAGGGAAAGGAGGAACACAGCAUCACUGUAAGGGCCAGUAAGACCGAUAGCCCCUCUCAGGUGUCACAAGCUGGAGUUGUGAUUCAGGUGUUAGAUGUGAAUGACAAUCCCCCAACUUUGGCCGAGGUGUACAAACCACACCUAUGUGACAACGCACAACCUGGGCAAGUUAUUCAAACAAUCAGGGUGAGAGAUGCAGACAGUGAAAGUGGUGUUUUCAGUUUUCAAAGUCCAGGUCCAGUUACUGAUGGAAACUUCACUCUUCGAGAUAAUAAAGAUGGAAGUGCAUCACUUGUGGUAAAACAGAGUGGCUUUUGGAAAUCUCGGAAAGACAGCUUCCUUAUACCUAUUGCGAUAGUAGACAGUGGAGAUCCGCCACUGAGUAGUACAGACACCCUAACUAUCUCUCUGUGUCACUGUGAAACGGGAGGAGCCGUUCUGACCUGUCAUAUGACAACAGGGUCAGCAGCUGGACUUAGCACACCUGCUCUGCUAGCGAUCCUGGCCUGCGCACUGAGCCUUCUUGCCCUGGUCUCACUCUUCUCCUUGCAGCGCAGACACAAGCCUUCAUCUCUGUCUCUAUGUGAGGAUGAAGAUGUACGAGAGAAUAUCAUAACCUAUGAUGACGAGGGAGGAGGAGAGCAAGACACUCAAGCAUUUGAUAUGUCCGCAUUGCAACCCCCUCAGACUGGCCUUAGUGGAGGCUUCUUCCACCCACCUAGACGGGAUGUACUCCCUCGUGCUCCCCCAAUGCCAGCCCAGCAUUCUCCCCAACCUGCCCCUGUUGAUGUUCAACGGUUCCUGGCUUUGCGAUUACUAGAAGCUGAGAGAGACCCUGUGGCACCCCCAUAUGACUCUAUCCAAGUGUAUGGGUUUGAGGGUGCAGGUUCUUCAGCCGGAUCACUAAGCUCCCUGACUGGCAGCUCAGGUGGGACAGGAGAGGAGGAACCUGGAGGAGAAGACAUCUGGGAAUGGGGUCCACAUUUCAGAACACUGGCAGAAAUCUAUGGGGUGAGAGGAAGAGACCCCCCAGAUAAAGAGUAAAUUAGUUGCAGGGCAGACUUCAUUCCCUUAACUACCAGAGACCAAAACAGCAGGAUUUAACCAAUACCCUAUCAGAGAGAUUGUCAAAAUUAUUAUUAACCCCUUCCCCUCCAGAGAGCUGCAGAGCAAUUAUUAAACCUUACAUGCCAAUGAGUGAGAUCUGCAGUGUUCUCAAUCAUUUAAAGUGCUCUGUAUGCAAGUCCUUGAGGGGCUGAAGGAUACAAAACAAUUUUCAGAUUUGCAUUAAAUUAUACCAGUCUUCCCACUGCUGUGUUUUGCUGCGGGUAUUAAAAACAUGGGCAGAUGUCAUUUGUGUCAUUUAUGGAAAACAAACAUUUUAUUUUCUAAAUAAAAACCUGAUAAACAUCAGAAA